AAAGAAAUAUAAAAGGUCAUAAAAAAGAAGUUUGGCCUGAGAACGUCAAACCCUUUGGAGGUUUUACUACAUAGACCUAGUACUUUCACCCAGACUUAAAAUUUUUCACCCCCCAGAAUGGCUGUUGCACUGUGUAAUUAAUUUUUUUUAGUUUUUGGAUUAGAUACAGCUGAUAUGACAUCAACAACAACCCGAUCUUUAGAUUUAGAAUCGAUGCUUGAUGGCCAAUCAGAUUCUGAUGGCGACUUAAGCACAACUGAUGCUCGAGCAAUUAGGAAACAAUUAGAAGGAUUAGAAAGCAUGUAUUCAGAAGUGUUAAAACUUCUCGGGGUUAAAAAGCAUUCGGGAAGAUAUCAACCAUCUGAUCCAAAGUUUUGUAAAAGACGUUAUGGAAGCAUGUCAUCUUUACCAUCUAGUUCUGUGAGUAGUAGACCAAUUCGUGAUAAACGACGCGCUACGGAAGAACGAAAAAAAGUUAGAGAUAUGCGCGGCAUUAACAAACGAUUCCAAAGACUUGAAUCUCACGUGGUUACUUUGGCGAGAUCCGUAGCUCAUUUAUCAUCAGAAAUGAGAACGCAACACCUUAUGAUACAAGAAAUGGAAAAUAUACGUGGUGAAAUCGCUGCUUUGAGAACGCAAACGAAUAUGUUGAACGUUAGAUCUCAAUCAAAUACACGACCAGUGAGUAGUUCCAAAGAUUUACCCAGUUUAGCUAAUCCGACUAGGGUGAAGAAAUUGACGAAGUUUUUUGGAGAUGAGCCGCCAUUGUUAAGGUUGUUUUUAAGGAAAUUAGGUUACGAGAAAUAUGCUAACGUUUUCGAAAAUGAAAGAAUUGGAAUGGUUGAAUUACCUUAUUUAACUGAAGAACGUUUGCAAAAAAUGGGAGUACCUCUUGGUCCAAGAUUAAGGAUAAUGCAGGAAGCGCAAAUUUCCGUUUGCAAAGAUAACACACUUUGUAUAGUAUAAACGUUUUUGUAGCAUAUGUAAAUACCUAAAUGGCGGCUCGAAAUAAUCUUUAAUUCAAAUUUAAGUUUAUUUUAUUAUUUAUAUAAAAAAAAAUUUGAAAUGAUUUAAUUUUAAGUUAGAAUUUGUAAAUGUCGAUUUGCAUGUAUUAAAUAAUAAUAAGGUUUUUA